GCACAGAUGCCUUUGUCACCGCAUUGAGACUUUUCUGCUUGCGGGUGCAACUAUAACGCCUUGACAUCACUUGCCGAUGACACAGACAUCGCCUAAUGUUCUGAGACAAGUGUGUUGCUAGGACCUGCACAAAGGGACAAAGGGCCGCUGUUCAAAGCGUAUCCUUCAUUUCUUUCAAAGGCGGUUCAGCAUCCUGCGACGCUGACAACCAACAAACCCUCAUAACGCUGCCCGACCGGUCUCGACGAAAUCAUGUCCAACCAAGACAGCGAAGCAGAAACGCUGCGACCGCGGCGAGGUUCACAGAGCUACAGUGGCCGUGACUCCCGCCCGACGAGCACAAAGGAGAUCCUCGGCUGGUACACCUACGCCUUUGCGGCGGAAACGUACGUGAUUUGUGGCAUUGCCUCGUUUAUUCCGAUCCUCUUGGAGAGUCUUGCCCGCGAAAACGGCGUCCUCCUCUCCGAUCCUACAAAGCCAUGUGGCUCGAGCGACAGCCAAGGAGCCCAGGAUGGACAGUGCAUAGUCUACGUGCUGGGCAUGGUGAUUAACACGGCCAGCUUUGCCAUGUACACAUUCUCUGCCAGUGUUCUUUUGCAGGCGCUGCUAGUGGUCAGUAUCAGCUGUGCUGCUGAUCACGGCACAUACCGCAAGAAGCUGUUGCUUGCAUUUGCUUGGAUUGGCAGCUUCUCCGUCAUGGCCUUCAUUUUCGUGGGCAAACAAACAUACAUACUCGGUGCCAUUCUCACCAUUAUUUCGAAUACAUCAUUUGGCGCCUCGUUUGUCCUGCUCAACUCAUUUCUGCCGCUCCUGGUUAGAUAUCAUCCCGAGGUGCUGCAGGCUCAGAGAAACCAAACAACACCCGAUCUGGCCGGCGAUACUAUGCAGUCAAGCCAGCUUGAGGAUUCAACGUCGGAUUUGAACCAAGCCAUGAUCAACUCUACCUCGGCACUCAUGUCUGAUGAAGCGCCUGCGUUUCCCAACGGCGUAAAGUCUGGAAUUAGCCACGAGGAGCUGACCUCAAAGGAGCUACAGCUGUCCACCAGAAUCUCGGCCACUGGAAUUGGCAUCGGCUAUUCAGCUGCUCUAUUUGUGCAGUGUCUUGCUAUUGGACUAUUAGUUGCCAUGGGAAAUAGCACUUGGGCUCAGCGUGUAGUGCUCUUUAUGGUUGGCACCUGGUGGGCAAUCUUCACCAUCCCCGCGGCGUUUUGCUUAAGGCCACGACCUGGCCCUCCCUUGGUUGUCAACGGCCGUUCAGAAGGCAUCUCUUGGAUAUCGUAUUUCCUUUAUUCGUGGAAGUCGCUUUUCAAGACUGUCAAAGCAGCGAGGAAACUCAUGGAUAUUAUGCUAUUCUUGGCAGGUUGGUUUCUUCUCUCGGAUGCUGUUGCGACUACGAGUUCAACUGCUAUCCUAUUCGCCAAAACACAACUUCACAUGAAGCCAUGGGCGCUGGGUCUUAUCAAUGUCAUUUCCACCAUGUCGGGCGUCUUCGGUGCCUUUGGGUGGGCUUGGAUCUCCAAAGUUUUUGGACUCAAACCACAUCAGACAAUCUUGGUCUGCAUAGCGCUGUUUGAGCUUAUUCCCAUUUACGGCUUACUAGGCUAUUUACCGUUUAUCCAAAAAUGGGGAGUCAUUGGCCUGCAGCAGCCUUGGGAGAUGUAUCCUUUGGCAGCAGUUUAUGGCCUUGUGCUCGGUGGUCUUGGAGGGUACUGUCGCUCCCUGUUUGGAGAGCUUAUCCCCCCAGGCUCAGAAGCAGCCUUCUAUGCCCUCUACGCAAUCACAGACAAAGGAUCCAGUGUGUUUGGACCUACCAUUGUUGGUGCCAUCAUCGACCACACGGGUAGUAUUCGCCCGGCAUUUUGGUUCCUUGGUGCCCUUGUUGGCCUUCCGGCUCCUCUAAUUUGGCUCAUCAACGUCGAACGAGGCAAGCUUGAAGGCGCUAAACUGGCGGAAUCCAUGACGAGAUACGGACACAAUGACGGUGCAGAGGACGAGGAAGCGAUUAAUGAUGAUGAAACGAGAGGCAUGCUUAGAGACCAGGCAUAGGCGCUAUUGGUGACUCUUGGAUAUUCUACUAGGGGAAGCGUGUCCAUGGCAUAUAUACACAUGUAUGAGCUUUUGCGUUAUGGUUUGUUUGCGCUUGUUGGGAACUAUUGGUAAUGUUGAUCUAGGGCUAUUGUAUAACAACAAUGUUUGCAGAACUAACUAGUACCAGUACCAGUACCAGUAUUCUGGCGAUAUUGUUAUUAGGAUAGAAACAGUUGCACAUAAAUGUACCUCUUUAUUCUUGACUUUUGCUAUUAAUAUUUUAAGCACAUUUUUACAAUACAAACAGCGCAAACAACUGUUUUUCUCGCAA